AUGGUCAAAGAUUGCUUUCUUAACUACUCUGAUACUCAAAAUUCAAAUGGUGCUCCGGUUGAAUCAGUGAAUCCACUCGGUUAUAACCUUGAUUAUGUUACUACUUUCUAUAUGGUCAUUCAAGGGGUUAUAGGUACUGGUAUCUUUGCAACUCCUGCAACAAUUGUUAAGUCGAUGGGCAGUAUUGGGUCAACUUAUGUAUUAUGGACUUCGGGUUUUAUAAUUGUUCUUUUUGAAGUAUUUGUAUAUAUUGAGUACGUUACUUACUUCAAGAAGAGAAAUGGAGGUGAUGUAGCUUAUUUGGAACAAGCUUACCCAAAGCCAGAUUUUAUGAUUCCUACGACUUAUGCUGCUGUAUCUAUUUGUUUGCUGUUCUUAAACUCUUCUGCUAUCGCUUUUGGGACUUAUGUUUUGAGUGCUGCCGGUGUUGAAGCUUCUGCGUGGGGUCAAAGAGGUGUUGGAAUGGCUGUUUUAUCAUUCGCUUGUAUAUUAGCAGCAAUAAAUACUAAAUGGAGUUUAAGAUUAUCAAAUUUUUUGGGAUUCAUCAAAGUUGUCUUCCUUUUCUUGAUUGUCAUUACCGGAUUUGUGGUUUUGGGUGGAAAUACUCGUAUCCAAAAUCCUCAUGAGAUCUUUAAGAAUGCCUGGCAAGGUACUACUAGUGAUGGUAAUGCUAUUAGUAAUGCCAUUUUAAAGGUUUCUUUCUCUUUCGGUGGGACUCAGUAUGUUUUCAGUUUAGUUGGGGAAACAAAUCCAAGACAGACUAAAAAUGUCUUCCGCUUUUUCGUUCCUGGAGUGUUAUUCUUUAUUUACAUUCUUUAUAUAUGUAUUAUAACUUCUUACUAUUCAGCUUUUGAAUCAGCUGAAGAGAUUGGAUCUUCUAGUACUUUGGUUGCUUCGGCAUUCUUUUCAAGAGUUUUCGGUACUAAAUCUGCUACAAAAGCUCUUGAUGUUAUGGUUGCAUUAUCAGCUUUUGGUCAUUUAUUAGCUGCAGUAGUUGGCCACUCUCGUGCCUUAAGAGAAUGUGGCAGACAAGGUGUUUUGCCCUACUCUAAGCUAUGGACUUCUACCAAACCCUGGGGGACUCCCAUUUUACCAAUUUUUAUAACAUGGCUAGUUAACUUGAUUGUAAGUAUAGCCCCACCCCCUGGUGAUGCCUACAACUUCAUAGUUGAUAUGGGUUCUUAUUCAAGUUAUAUUUUCAAAUUGCUUUUGGUAGUUGGACUUCUUCUUGUCAGAAAACAAAGAAAGCAAGCUGGUUUGGGUUAUCAAGGAUGGAAAGUUCCAAUGCCUAUUUUGAUCAUAAUUAUUUUAUAUGAAAUAUUUGUUGUUGCAAUGGCUUUUGUUCCUCCUGCUGAUGGUUCGCUAAUUGGUUCUGAUGUAUCUUUCUUUUAUUGUACUUAUGCUUUAACAACUAUUGGAAUAAUUGGAUUAUGUAUUAGCUAUUAUUACAUUUGGGCUAAAAUAUUACCAAAAUUCUACAAUUAUGAACAUAGGAUUGCUUCUUUCACCUUACAAAAUGGUGAGCAAGGACAUACAGUUGUCAAGGUUGCUGCAAAAGAUGUUGCCCAAUGGGAUUUGGAACAUACCUCAGAUGGAAAAUUACUCUUCACUUCUCUUACCCUACUUAUAAAUAUCAGUAUAUAA